UGGUAUAUAUACACAAUGGAGUACUAUUUAGCCAUCAGAAACAAUGAAUUCGUGAAAUUCUUAGACAAAUGGAUGGAGUUGGAGAACAUCAUACUAAGUGAGGAACCCCAUCUCAAAAGAUCAAUCAUGGAAGUGCUUAGAUAUUAAAGCAAAUGCACAGUCACACAUGCAAAUAAAAAGAGGAAACAGUUGGAUGGGAACUUCAGAAUCACAUGACUGGUGACUAAGUUGAGUCUGAUGGUCUUCCUGACGAGUUUAAAGUAGGAGAUAUUAAAUCAUGUUGCUGUUUAUUCUCUUUUCGACGCUGCUUUCUCCCAUAUUUACUGAAUCUGAGAAGCAACAGUGGAUCUGCAACUCCUCCGAUGCAAUUAUUUCUUACAGUUAUUGUGAUCACAUGAAAUUCCCUAUUUCAAUUAGUUCUGAACCCUGUAUAAGAUUGAGGGGAACCAAUGGAGUUGUGCAUGUUGAGUUCAUUCCAAGAGGAAACUUAAAAAAUUUAUAUUUCAACCUAUUCAUCAAUGUCAACUCCAUAGAGUUGCCGAAGCGUAAGGAAGUUGUUUGCCAUGGAUAUGACGAUGAUUAUUCUUUUUGCAGAGCUCUGAAAGGAGAGACUGUGAAUACAUCAGUACCAUUUUCCUUUGAGGGAAUACUAUUUCCUAAGGGCCAUUACAGAUGUGUUGCUGAAGCCAUUGCUGGGGAUACUGAAGAAAAGCUCUUCUGUUUGAAUUUUACCAUCAUUCAUCACCGUCAUGUCAAUUAGAAUAUGUUGUGUAUAUAUACACACAUACAUAUACACUGUUUAACAUGUAUAUGCAGUAUUCUGUUUUUCUUUGGAAAAAUUUCCUAUUUAUCAUUUAUUUUAGUAUAUGUGUGAGCCCUGGUUGGUAUGGAACUCAGAUUUGCCUGCCUCUGUCUCCCAAGCGAUGGAAUUAAAGGUGUACACCAUGGUGUCCAGUGGCA